AUGAAAAAUAAAUUAGAAGUACUUAGUUAAUUAGAAUAUAAAAUUCGAUUUGAAGAGGAUAAAUCCAGUAAGUAAUAGCUAUAAAUAAAACUGACAAAUAAUUAUUAAGAAUUUGAAGAAUUUUUGGAUAAAAUUACUGAGAUGUCUUAGAAAUUAGAUAUUAAUCUAGAAUUAAUAAAAGAAAAUAGGAAAAUGUUAAUUUAAUUAAAAUAAAAAAUUGAUUAACUACAAACUGUUAUAGAUGAUAUUGCUAUAGAUGUUAAAAGAUUAAGAGGGAAAAGUGUUAAUGAGCUUUUUUAGAUAAGAAGUUAAGUAGUAUUAAAAUAAAAAUAAAUUACAGAGAUGAAAACUAUCUAUGUAGAGCUAAAAGUUGAAAUAAACGAUACAAAAAAUGGAUAAAAAGUUGAAACAAAUAAUUAAAAAGUUGUUAGUUGGUUAAUGAAAACGAAAGCAAACGAUUUUUAAGGGGAAUUAAAUAAAUUUUUAUAGAAUUAUUAGGAUGAUAAGAUAAUUGAAGAUAUAGAUUAAGAGAUUGAUGUAAUUUAAAAUGAUUAGAUAAAUCAGAGUUAUAAUUAGAAAGAUGUAAUGUUAAUUAAAGGUAAAGCAGGAGCUGGCAAAAGUACAGCAGCUUAAAAGAUAGAGUAAUUUUUGUGGGAAAAUUAAAAUGAAUUUAAAUAGAAAUGGAUUCCUAUAUUUAUUGCCUUACCAACAAUUUAAAAUCCAAAAUAUAAUCUCUUAGAAGAAGCUUUAGAAUCUGAUAAUUAUAAUUUUGAUAAGACAUAGUUAAGAGAAUUUAAAGAUUUAAUAAAUGAAAAAAAAAUAAAUGUUGUUUUAAUCUUAGACAGUUAUGAUGAGAUGCAUUUUGAUUUCAUCUAAUAAAAUUUAUAUUAAACUAAUAGAUUAAAGGAAUAAUUUAAGAUUUAUGAAAAUAAUUUAGGUUAAAAUUUGAAAAUUAUAAUAACAACCAGAACAGAGAUAUUAACAGCAUCAAGUUAUUAAACCUGGUUUUAUGGAGAGAAAAUAAAUUCUAUGAUAGAAAUAGAACUUAUGAAAUUUGAUAUUAUCUAAACAUAAGAAUAUUUAACAUUGUAUAGUAUACUAAAUCUUAAGACAUAUAUUUUUAGUAUUUUUGAGUAUUUGAUGUAAUUAAAACAUGCUUAAUUUGAAGUUCAACAAUUUUCAUCUUUUUGGACUGAGCUAUAUCCAAUCAUUCAAAAAGAUACUACGAAUUCAAAUAAUGAUAAUUUAUUAUCCAGAAGCUGUAUAGCAGAAAUCUUGAAAAAAUUUGAAUAAUUUGAACCUUUUAAAUAUAUUAAUCAAAAGUAACUCAUAACUUUUGAGAAUGAUAUGUAAAACUUUUGGAGUGCUUCAAAAUAUCAAAAAUAAUUAUUAAAUUCUAAUUUAUAUACUUUCUUAGAGACUCCUUUUCUAAUUGAAUUGUUUGUUCAUGUGCUUCCUUAUUCAAAUAUAGAUUUGGAGGAAACUUAAGAAUAAUUCUCUUAAAAUUAUAUUAAAUUAAAAACUGCUAAAAAGGUUUCUGAAAGGUUAAUUUAAUAACAUAAGAAUAUUGAAGGUAUUAAUUCAGAUUUAAUUAAGUAAUAAAAUGAUGAUUUUUAAUUUGAAGUGAAAUCUAUUUUAGAAUAAUUAUAAUCGUAAAAUUUCUUCAAAUCAUAUUCUAUAAUUAAUUAGAUUGAAUAAAUUGACGAUAUAACUAUUAAUAUUAAUAAUCAAUUAUUCACUUUUUCAAUUAAUGAAGAUAUUUAAACUAUAGUAUAGGCCUUCCUAAUCAAAACAAUUACAGUCUAUGAUUUUUACAAUUUAUUUAUUGAAUAAUAUAAUGAAAAAUAAAUAUAAAAACUUAGACAUUAAGGAAAAAUAAAGGAUUCUGAAUGCUUUAAAUUUGAUUUAAUGAAAUACUCAGAAGCCCUUGCCCUUGAUAUGUCAAUUCAUUAAACAACAACCAUUUAAAACCGUGUUAAAGGAUAAUUGAAAUUAAAGAGUAAAUGGAUAGGUAAUAAUAAUGAGUAUUGGUAUGAUUAAUAUUUUGAAGGAGAUGAAGAAUAUUGUAAUCUAAUAAGAAGAGCUGCUUUACUUAUAAAAAUAGGGAAUAACUAUUCUUUUACACAUAAAUCAAUUCAAGAAUUUUAUGUAGCUAAAUUUAUUCUAGGGUUAUUAAAAAAAAUAUAGGUUGAUAUCAAACUAGAGGAUUUAUUGUAAAAUAAUAAUUAAAUGGAAAAUUUAUCGAAAGAAAAAGUUAUGAUUAAAUGUUAAUGGAUAUUUGAUAUUAAUGAAGGUUUCAGAGAUUUAUUUUUGUAUUAAGAACAAUAUAUGGGUGUUCGAAGUUUUGUGGUAGAGUAAAUUAGAGAGAUUGAGAUGAUAGAAAAUAAGUUAUUAUUUGUUAUAAAGCUUACUGCAAAAUUUCCAAAUUAUAUCAGAGCAGCAUCUAAUUGUACAUAACUUUUAAAUUGGUUUAACAAAAAUUUUUAAUUUUAGGAUCUAUAAAACAUUAAAUUAGAAUAUGUGAGUUUGUAUGGAACAAAUUUUUAUGGAAGCAACUUACAGAAUUCAUAAUUUUAAAAUAUCAACAUCAAUCGUUGUAUUAGUAAUUUUAUCAAUUCAAAUUUAUAAAAUAUUAAAUGGUAAAAUACAAUAUUGUAUGAAAAACCUAUUAUGAGGGGACAUAUCGGAAAUAUAAAUUCAAUAGCAUUUUCUUUUGAUGGUACUACUUUGGCUUCAUGUGGUAAUGAUACAUUAGUCAAUAUUUGGAAUUAUAAAACAGGAAAAUAAAUUUAUAAACUUGAAGGUCAUUAGAGUAGAGUAAAUUCGGUAUGUUUUGCAAAAGAUAAUAUUAUUCUGGCUUCUGGUAGUGAGGACUUUUUAAUUUUAUUAUGGAAAUAUAAAGAGGGAGUAUUACUUAUAGAAUUAGAUGGACAUUUAAGUGGUGUGAAAUAGAUUUCAUUUUCAAAUGAAGGAAAUACUUUUGCAUCAUGUAGUGAAGAUGGUACAAUUUUAAUAUGGGAUUAUUAAUCAAAACAGUAAAAAAGUUUUAUAAAAGCUCAUUAAUGUUGUGUCAAUUCAAUAGCAUUCUCUAUAAAAGAUAAUAUUAUAGCUUCUGGUAGUACAGAUAAAUCAAUUAUAUUAUGGGAACAUGAAUCAGGCAAUAAAAUCAGAAGUUUAGAUGGUCAUUCUGAUAACAUUACCACAAUAGUUUUUGCUAUGGAUGGUCAUUCACUUGUUUCAGGUAGUUGGGAUAUGUUAAUUAUUAUAUGGGAUUAUAAGAAUGGAAAAAUUAUAAGAAAAUUAGAGGGUCAUUCUAAUGCAAUUGAAUCAAUUGCAUUAUCAUAAGAUGGAUUAUUACUAGCUUCUGUUAGUAGUGAUAAAACAGCUAUAUUAUGGGAUUUUAAAUCUGCAAAAUAAAUAGGUUUAUUAGAAGGUCAUUCUGAUGUAAUUUUUUCAGUUGCAUUUUCAAUAGAUGGAUCGACUCUUGCUUCAUGUAGUCGAGAUAAUACAAUAAUUUUAUGGGAUUGUUAAUCAUGUCUAUAAAUAGAGAAUGUGGAUGGACAUUUAAAAGGUAUUAAUGCAAUUUAAUUUUCUCUGGAUGGAUUGAUACUAGCAUCUGCAAGUUCUGAUAAAACAAUUAUAAUGUGGAAUACUUAGACAGGAUAGAUUAUUAAAAAAUUAGAUGGUCAUUCAGGUGUUGUAACAUCUAUUGCUUUCUCAAUUGAUGGUCUACACAUAGCAUCAGGAAGUUAUGAUAAAACAAUAAUAUUGUGGGAUAUUAGAACUGGAAUUAAAAUAAGGAGCAUUGGUAGUCAUUCUGAUUUGAUAACAUCAUUAGCAUUUUCAUCUAAUGGUUAUGCAUUAGCAUCUGGUAGUUAUGAUAAAACUAUUAUAAUUUGGGAUUAUAAGACAAAAAGAAUCAUUGCAAAAUUAGAAGGUCAUUCAAGUUUUGUAUUUACAGUGGCCUUUUCUCCAAAUGGAAUUAUUUUAGCUUCUGGAAGUAAGGAUAAAACAAUAUUGAUAUGGGAUUAUAAAUAAAAAAAAUAAAUUGGAAAUCUAUAGGGUCAUUUUAGCAAUGUCAAUUGUGUUGUAUUUUCAAUAGAUGGUAUUCAUUUAGCUUCUUGUAGUUCAGAUUGCUCAAUUAUUUUAUGGGAUUAUAAAUCAUGUAAACAAGUUAGAAAAAUUGGCAACCAUUCUAAUUAAAUAAACUAAAUUGCUUUUUCUUAAAAUAGUUAAACUCUUGCUUCAGUUAGUCUUGAUCGAACUAUAAUGCUAUGGGAUUACAAAGCGGGAAUACUAUUAUAAAAAAUUGAUGGUCAUAUUGGUAAUAUUACAUCUAUUGCUUAUUCUCCUGAUGGCAAAAUACUGGCAUCAGGUAGUUAAGACAAAACUAUUCGACUUCAUUUUUUCUCUCUUUAAAAAUCAUUAUUUUAAUAUCAGUAUUCUUAUCCUUAUUCUUGUAAAUUAGAAGUGGAUGAAGCUAUAUUGAAUAAUAAUUCCAUAAUCUUAAAUUUAAAAAAUGAAUAACUUGAACCCCUGUUUCAAUCGAAAGGGGCAAAAAAUAUUUAAAAAUGA